AUGCCUGAAAAGACUAAGAGGGUUGUGAAAAAAUGCAUUUCCUUUGCCACAAAACAUGGGGUGAAGGAGUUGGAGUUGAACUUUUGUGACCCAAAGUUGGAUUGUUACUUUACUACUACUCUUAUCAAUCAUGAGUUGCUUAACUUUCAUGCAUUAAAAGAAAUUUCUUUGGGUUGGAUGGAAGUGAAACUCACUACUAUUAAGACCUUGUUGUCAAAUUGCGAGGCGCUUGAGAGUUUAAGUCUCAAGAGGUGCUGGAAUUCAGAUGACUUUGAUUUAGGGGAAGAGAAUCUAAGGUUGAGAAAAUUGGUUGUGGACAAAUGCAUGUUUAGAUCCGAUAGUCGUUAUUUUAUAGUCAAUGCUCCGAACUUAAGAUAUUUCUAUUAUUCCGGGUUGAACAAUAACUUUUUAGUCAUAGACGUGCGCUCCCUUGUGAUGGAAGAGGAAGUUCUUGACUUUUACAUUGAGUUUGAAGGACGUGCUCUAUUUCUCUACAAACUAAUGGAAGAUAUAUCAAGUGUUAGUGUUUUGACGGUGUAUAAUUACUUGCUACAGGAUUACGACUUUCCAGACAAUUUUAAUGUCGAGAGGUUUUGGACCGAUCAUGCAAGAGCUUAUGGAUGUCUGAUAUAUACUCUUAGAGAGGUGGAGAUUAAAGGAUUUAAAGGAACAAUGAUUGAGAUUUGUGUUCUUACUUAUUUCAUAACUAUUGGAAGAGUCUUGAGAAAUAUGACUAUAAAUAUAUUGAAGGAUGGUGUUUCGGACCAAAGUGAGAGGUUGGAAUCUUACUGUCGUGACAUUUCAGAAAUGUUAAUGUCUCAAAGGGCAUCAAGAGAUCUAGAGAUUUCAAUUUGUUAG